CGGCUUAGAGCGCAAAGCAAACGCCGAGCCGCGUUUUUGCGGAGCAGCGGCAGAGAUCGGUGCACAAAUCGGUCGAGGCACUAUGCCAGGGAAACGCACGGUGAAGAGGAGCCCGGCGCCAGAUGAGUCUCCUGGGACCAAGAAGAUUAAAGUCUGUCACCCGUCACACCGGACACAGCCCGGGCUGGUGCUGACGCUGGGGCAGGGGGACGUCGGGCAGCUGGGGCUGGGAGAGGACGUGGUGGAGAGGAAGAAGCCGGCCCUGGUGGCCCUGCCAGAGCUGAUGGUGCAGGCGGAGGCUGGAGGGAUGCACACGGUGUGCCUGAGCCAGACAGGGAAGAUCUACACCUUUGGCUGCAAUGAUGAAGGUGCCCUGGGACGUGACACCUCAGCAGAAGGGUCAGAGAUGACACCAGGGCUGGUGGAGCUGCAGGAGAAGGUGGUGCAGGUGUCUGCUGGGGACAGUCACACGGCUGCACUCACAGAGGAUGGACGAGUCUUUGCCUGGGGCUCCUUCCGGGAUAACAACGGGGUGAUUGGGUUGCUGGAGCCCAUGAAGACCAGCUCUGUCCCUGUGCUGCUCCAGCUCAGCGCACCCAUCGUUAAAAUCGUCUCAGGGAACGACCAUUUGGUGAUGCUGACAGUGGAGGGUGACCUGCUGACGUGUGGCUGUGGCGAGCAGGGCCAGCUGGGCAGAGUGCCAGAGCUCUUUGCCAACCGAGGAGGGAGGAAAGGGCUGGCCCGUCUGCUCAUCCCCCAGCGCGUCCCCGUCAGAGGCAAAGGCAGCAGAGGCAAAAUACGCUUCCAGGACGCCUUCUGUGGGGCUUAUUUCACCUUUGCUGUCACCCACGAGGGACAUGUCUACGGCUUUGGCCUCUCCAACUACCACCAGCUGGGGACCCAGGGCACAGAGCCCUGCUUCUCCCCACAGAACCUGAGCUGCUUCAAGAACUCCACCAAGUCCUGGGUCGGGUUCUCGGGUGGGCAGCACCACACAGUGUGUGUGGACUCGGAAGGUAAAGCCUACAGCCUGGGCCGGGCCGAGUAUGGGCGCCUGGGCCUGGGGCCGGGUGCGCAGGAGCAGAGCUGCCCCAGCCUCAUCCCGGAGCUGCCCCACGUCUCCUCCGUCGCCUGUGGGGCCUCGGUGGGCUACGCCGUCAGCACUGAUGGACGAGCCUUUGCCUGGGGCAUGGGCACCAACUACCAGCUGGGCACAGGGGAGGAGGAGGACGUGUGGAGCCCCGUGGAGAUGACGGGGAAGCAGCUGGAGAAGCGGGCGGUGCUGAGCGUGUCGAGCGGCGGCCAGCACACCGUGCUGCUGGUCAGGGACAGGGAGCAGAGCUGAUGAAGUGACAGCAUCCCUCACACCCCCCUCCCCACCUCACACCCACGUGGGGCAACUGGUUUCUAGCUCUGGGCUCCUGCUGACAGCGAGGGGAAGGGCUGGAGGCUCCCAGGGCUGGGUGGUGUGGCUGGAGAAGGGCUCUGCAGGGACGCUCCUGUGUCUGUCUUCCCAUGGGGCCUGGUGCUCUGUCAGCUCCUUUGGCUCAGCUUUGGUCUUAAACUGAUCUCAGUGCUGUGGCUGGAUGGAUUUUCAGCUGCUUGGUGUAAUAUUUCUUGGCCUGCAAAGCUGAGGGCCUCAUUCUUCACAAAACAGUUGGAGCAUCAAGUUGUCUGAGGUCCCCACGUUCCCUGUCUCUGGGUGCUGCUCUGUCCCCUUAAACCUAAACAUCUUCCACACUCUCCAGCUUGGAUUUCUCUGCUGCCACCCCUCAAACCUCUCAGGACUUGUUUGGGGUGAGAGCUGAGUCCAGCAGAAACGCUCCCAGGGAGCUCCUUCCUCUGGCAGCCACCUCCUGCAGCACACAGAGCUGUGGCAGGAGCUGCUGCCUCCCACUCCCCCCCUCAGUGGAUCAGAGCCCGAAUCCCCUGGGGCCUGGGGAGCAGCUUCCCCCACUCCUGCCCCCAGCACCCUUCUCAGUGCUGCUUUGUGCAGUCCCAGCUACUCCCUGUUCCCCAUCACCUUCAGAAACCCAACCAAAUCCACCUCAGACACAGACUGAUGAUUUCAUUCUUUGCUGAGGAAGGAGCUCUCUCUGCUGUUAGAGCCUUACUGAGAAGGCAGAACCAAAGCCCGGCUCUGCAUCCCACCCCUCCAAGCCCAUGGGAUUCCCUCCUGCUGCCCACUCUCCCCUCUCCUUCUCUCUCUGUGCCACCUCCCAGGUUCCUGGGCUGAGAAGGGGGUCUGAGGGGUUUAAAUUUUAUAUGUUAAGUUAUAGCAAUAGGGGAGGGGGGAGGGGACAGGAGGGGGCUGAGACUUGCCCAGUGGCUCAGAACAGGUCGAUUUUUUUUAAGAGAAAACGUUAUUUUGGUUGAUUCAUUGAGGAAGAGAGGAAAAAAUUAUUGUUAUCUUUUAAUGUUUGGAAUAAACAGUUUUUAUAAA